AUGCACUUCGCGAGAAUCUAUUUCGAGAAUCCACGACACUUGAUGCAACGGGACAAACUCCAGAGCGUUGCAACGGAGUGGCGCAGGAUAUUCCCGAAGCUUCGAGGGAUACCAUGCCCAGGGGACCUCUACUCCCAGUCUAUGCAAGAAGAUGAGUUAGGUGAAGAAAUACAAGGAGACAGUGCCGGUUUGAGUGCUGACGAAGAGAUGUCAUCCACUGGGCCCAGCCUUGACUGGGACGACUAUGAUUCUGACUGGUUUAUUUUUCGGACGAAACUCUGGAAAGUUCUUGGUUAUAGGAAAGACCCGAUUAUCCAUGAUAAGAUCCAGUACAUGUGGCAAACUGAUCUGGAAAUUGAGAUGGUUCGCUGGCCUAUCGUGCCUUUGGCAGCGUUUUCCGGUCCGGAUCUCCACUCCACGACCACUAGCUGCCCCCGGUAA